GAUCUCUUGUGUUUAUGUAUGGCGGCGUCCAUCGUUGUGAAAUAGUUAACAAUCCAAACACCUCGCUGUAAUGGGGCUAUUAACGAUUUUAAGAAAGAUGAAACAAAAGGAAAAAGAAAUGAGGUUACUCAUGCUUGGUCUAGAUAAUGCUGGAAAGACGACUAUAUUGAAGAAAUUCAAUGGUGAAGACAUAAGCUUAAUCUCACCUACACUUGGUUUCAACAUCAAGACAUUAGACCAUAGAGGAUUUAAAUUAAAUGUGUGGGAUGUCGGAGGCCAGAAGUCUCUCCGCUCAUAUUGGAGGAACUACUUUGAGAGCACCGAUGGAUUGGUAUGGGUGGUGGACAGUGCAGACAAAAGGCGACUUUUAGAUUGCAAGCGAGAGCUACAUUCCCUUCUACAAGAAGAGAGGUUAAGUGGUGCCACGUUGCUCGUCUUUGCAAACAAGCAGGAUUUACCAGGAGCACUCUCAGCUGAUGAUAUACGACAGAUUUUAGAACUAGACGAGAUCAAAACGCAUCAUUGGCAAAUUUAUCACUGCAGUGCAGUUACAGGCGAGAACUUGUUAGAAGGCAUCGAUUGGGUAAUAGAUGAUAUUGCAUCACGUAUAUUUACAAUGGAUUAAGAAGGUAUGGCCUCAUUAUGUAAAUCCACUGAAGGUUGAAUACAUCUCGAGUUGACAAAUCAAACAUUCUGUUGCUACCGGUAUUCAGUAUCCAUACAUUUACGAAAUUUGUGAUACAUAUAAAAUACCCAGGGAGUUGAGAAUAUAUUCUCAACUCCCUGGGUAUUUUCAGUGUACCAGUGUGUAGAAAUUGAUGCUUAUUAUCAGCAUUGCUAGUAUUAGAUUUAGUCGGAGGAUAUUUAAAUCAAAUUUGUUCUUGUAAUAUCGGUCCAGAGUCUGCUAGAAGUUGUCUACUUUUUAUACAAUCAUAAUUUGUAACAGUUUUGUAAAUAUGAAUAAUUUACUGUAUAUAUAAGCAUAUUAUUUGAAUUCAACUUGUGUACUAAAUAUCCUCACUGAAAUUGUAGUUUUAAGGUUUGUUCUUGAACACAUUUGGCUACGCAUUAUGUAGUUGGCUUUUUCUAGCUCUACCCGUGUAGCCCUUCACUACCGCUACAGGGCUAUAUGACCCACAUCGCUGGGAAACAGCACUGGGAACAACAGUGAAUAUUUAUAGUUUGGUAGGCUAAGCAAUAGCCCGUGAUACAACUGAAAAAUGCUAGCCUGCAAAUGUCCUGACUUUAGCAUGCCACCAAACUCAAUUGAGCCAGAUUGGGCCCUUUAUCAAACGCUAACUAAAAGCUCAAAUACACCACCGUGUGUGAUUUAAAUAGUGGCGGCAUUACUCAGCUGGCACCAGUUAUCCUGCCAUGCAGAAAAGAUUCACUGCCGUUUCCCAGCACGUUUUCCAUGUCAUAUAAACCGGUAGGAGGAGCAAAGGGCUACACGGGUAGAGCUGGUCGAUGAUAAAAUGUUCACGUACAAGAAAACGUGAAAAGAUAAAUUCAAAUUAGUGAAUAUAAUGUUGAACCAUAUAAGUUGAACAUAAGCUAUAGAUUUUUAUUUUGUGUGAAACACAAUCUAUAAAUAAAAAAGAUUGCAGCAUAAA